AUGAAUGAAUUUUUUAAAUUUGGGGAGUCAAAGUUAACAAAAGAACAAGAGAUGCUUAAUAAGUUUAAAAAUGAGAAGUUCAAAAUUAAAUUAUGUACUACAGCUUAUAGUAAAUUGGAUCCAAAAGAAUUAUUAAGAGUUAAAGUUUUAUUUCAAAAGAUGUUACCAAAGAUGCCUAAAGAUUACAUUUUAAGACAAGUGUUUGAUCCUAAACAGUGUAUUGUUAUGUUAUGUACAGAGGAUGAAAAAAUCAUUGUUGCUGCUGCUUGUUUUAGACCAGCAUAUAGUAGAAAUUUAGUAGAAUUAGUAUUUUUAGCAGUAAGUAAUGAAAGUCAUUUGAAAGGAUAUGGUACUUUCAUUGUUAAUGUUUUUAAAGAAACAAUCAAAUAUCAGUAUAUUCACUAUCUGACAUACGGAGAUAAGUUUUUGAUGUUCAUGAAUAAUUACAUCAAAUUAGAAGAUUUUAAGAUUAUUUACAGUGAGAAUGAUGAAAAUAAAAGAUUAAAAUAUUCUGGUAAAGAUUAUACAAGUUCAGUUAAUUUGUAUAUUUAUACAUAUGCAGAUAAUUCUGCUGUUGGGUUUUUUAAGAAACAAGGAUUUACAUUUAAACCUGUUGGUACAAUGUGGAGAAGAUAUAUCAAAGAUUAUGAGGGUGGUACGUUGAUGGAAUGUAAAAUUCAUAAAGAUUUAAAUUAUCUUCAACAGUCAGUUAUAAUCAAUAAAAUUAAAGAAAAGAUAGAAACAAGAAUGAAAGAGAUAAGUUCUUGUCAUAUAAUUCACAGUGCAGAUGAGAAAAUAGAUCUUCCUAUUAGUGAUAAUGAAGAAAGAACUAAGGAGGAUUUUUUAAGAGAUUUUAUAACAUACUUAAUAUACUCACUUGAGUCAAAUCCAUCAUCAUGGCCUUUCUUAGAACCAGUAACUGAAGAAGAAGCACCCGGUUACUAUUCGAUAAUUAAACAUCCAAUGGAUUUAUCUAAAAUAGCAAAGAAACACAAAAACAAUCACUAUCAAACACUUAAUCUAUUUAUAAAUGAUGUUAAUUUAAUGGUUGAGAAUUGUUUAACUUUCAAUGAAAAAGAGUCUCAAUAUGCAAAAUGUUCUUUAAAUAUAAAAAAAUGUCUUCUUGAUUUAAUUAAUAAACAUUCAGAAACAAUUAAGAAAUGGAAAGUUAAAUAA